AUGCCGUCAAUUGCAUGCCUUUCUAAAGAGAUGACUUAUAAAAUUAAUCACUACACACCAAAGAUAUUGAACUUAGGAAUUUUGCGAAGACGUGAGCGCAGGAGUUGGUACGAAGGGUUUUUUUCUGUUAUUAGGUACUUAGGAACAUUAAAAUCUUAUGUUCGAAAUAAAAGUAGGCCUGAAGGUUCGAUUGCUCAAGGCUACUUGGCAGAAGAAUGCAUUAACUUUUGCUCAUUGUAUCUUGCGGACUAUGUUGAGACAAAAUUCAAUCGUCCAAGCAGAAAUGAAGAAGUACAUAAGGAAAUUGAAGAUGGUUUAGAUAUAUUCUCUGAAUCAGGACAUCCUUUGGGGAGGGGCAAGCCAACAGUCUUUGAUGCUCAUAUCUUGAGUAAAGCACAUCAGUAUAUUUUAUUUAACUGUGAUGCUGUCACACCUUACAUAGAGCAGCAUCGUAGAUUGAUAGAAGAAGGACAUCCUCAAGUUCCACAGCAUCUAAAAGAGCGCUUGCACAGUGAAAAUUUUGCAUGUUGGUUUGCUGAACAUAUUGACAAGUUAGAACUUCCUCAAAAUGUUUCGGUGUUGAGAGAGUUGAGGUUCCUUGCUAAAGGUCCAGAUGUUGUUGGAAUCCAACAUGGCAGGUAUGUUGUUAAUGGAUUUCGGUUUCACACCAAAGAAGUUGAGAAGAAAAGAAAAACGCAGAAUAGUGGUGUUACAGUCAAUGCAACAACAUCCAGUUUUGCAAGUAUAAGGGAUCAAAAUCCAGUUUUGAGUGAACUAGUUUACUUCGGCAUCUUGAAAAAUAUGAUUGAAUUAAUUUACGGAGGUCGCGGGUGGUGUUAUUCGAAUGUGAUUGGAUAUCAAAUGGUUCGAGAAUGA